CCCUAGCCCCAACCCUUACCCUAACCCUAACCCCGACCCCGACCCCCACUUUUCUCAGAAGCACUUGAAUAUGCGAAUCUCGCCUUACAUUUUACACUGCAUUGAAUUCGGAGCCGCACACCAGUGAAGAAUCAGCAGCUGAACCGCCAAGAUGAGCAAUUUGGAGAUGAAAAACUUGUCUAUCAAGCCAGGAACGGAACUGAGGGUCAGCGGAGUCACCCAUCAAGAUGUGAUUCGUUUCUCGAUCAAUGUGGGCAACUCCAGAGAAAACAUUGCGCUGCACUUUAACCCGCGAUUUGACACUGGGUGUGGAGUCAUCGUCCUGAACUCCAUGAAAAAUGGGUCCUGGCAAGACGAAGUGAAAGGCGGGAACUUCCCUUUCCAGCGGGGGCAGGAGUUUAAGGUGACCAUUACCUUCGCUGAUGACAAAUUUUACAUUAAUCUACGUGAUGGCCAUGUGUUGCAGUUCCCCAACCGUUUGGCUGGCAAAAAAUAUGAUUACGUUUGGACCGAAGGUGAAGUCACAAUCAAUGGUGUAAAUGUGAUAUAACCACCAGUCAGGAGGCCCCCUUUCUGUUAAUAUUUAAUUGCAUAAUUGAUAUUUUUAAGUAGAUGUUUCAAUAGUUUUACAUAAAGAACUAAAGGAAACACACUCUGAUACACAGCUUAAGUGAUUCAUUUUAAAAAUUAAAUUUGUUGUCCAAUCAGCAGCAAAGACUUUAUGCUUGCCACCACAGGAGGAUUUGGUAUUGGUCGGAAAACCAUUCUGCCAGUAUAUCAGCCACAUGGCAAUUUAAAUUUCAGCCAAUCAGAGCAGUGUCCUUUCUAGGUGCUGCCAGCCAGUAAUGAAACUGAAAUGAAUAUCUAUUACUGAACAAACAUGCCGUAUUUUUCAUAAAUCCAGCAUUGUUUUAAUAAAUUAUAUUCUUUAUGUCAAAAAUAAAGUUUAUAAUUAUUUCUUUUUAAUUGGGAAAAAAGUAAAUGUCCAUUGUCAUCUUUUGUCUAAACAGUUAAAGAAAGUGGCUCCAAAAAUGGUUAAAGGAAGCCUGGUUCUCCUGUCAGAUUCACAGUGGGGCAUCUUGUCUUUAAAGUGACAGCUUCCAGUAUCGGAGCCACUCAAGAGAAGUCAUUUGGGGUUUAUCACACAUAAUCUCUGGAAAAUAUAUCAAUGCAUAAAUAAAUAUAUCUUUACCAGA